AUCAAUACCGACCCGAUAACAAUAAUCAUAAUAAUAAUAAAAAUAAAAGUUUACAAAAUCAAUAAAAUAAAAUAAAAUAAUUAGGAAGGAGGGGGGGUCGUCAUUAAGAAACGAUUUCCUGUUUAGACUGCUAGCAAAUAGGGAGAACUAGAAAGGGCCCAAAGCAGCGGUAAAAAAAAUAAAAAGUCAGAGGUAAAAAAAAAAAGUGGAGGUAGUGGCGACGGGCAUGUCGGAGUGAGAGACAGGGAAAGGAGAAGGUAGAGUAAUAAAAAUACGACAUGUAGAAGAACAGUGCGUUCGCGCCUAUAUAUAAGGCCAAUCUCAUAGCGCCAAGAGCACCAACCCCGAAGCACAACGAUAUAUAUAUAUAUAUAUGUAUAUAUGUAAUAUCCUAUAGAAAAACAACGAGAAUCACGGAGGGAGAGAAGGAGAGGGAGUGCAGAAGAGUGAGAAGAAUGGAGUCGGCAAUAGGAUACAGAGGGAUGUUUAGGAUGUGUGGUGAAGAACAGAUUGAGCAGUUGUCAAGGGACGGUAGCCAUUACAGUCUAUCAACUGGGAUAUUGCCUUCGCUUGGUGCCAGAAGCAGUAAUCGUAGGGUCAAGCUUAGGAAGUUCAUUAUAUCCCCCUAUGACCGUCGUUACAGGAUCUGGGAAACUUUUCUUGUUGUUCUAGUCAUCUACACUGCUUGGGUGUCACCGUUUGAGUUUGGAUUCCUGCGAAAACCAGAGGGGCCACUUUCCAUUACUGAUAAUGUUGUCAAUGCAUUCUUUGCUCUGGAUAUUAUCCUUACCUUCUUUGUAGCUUACUUGGAUAGAACAACAUAUCUACUUGUUGACGAUCCGAAAAAGAUUGCAUGGAAGUAUGCAAGUUCCUGGUUGGCCUUUGAUGUCAUAUCCACAAUACCUUCUGAACUUGCUCAGAAGAUCUCUCCUAAACCUUUUCAGUCAUAUGGCUUGUUUAACAUGCUCCGCCUUUGGCGUCUGCGAAGAGUUAGUGCCUUAUUUUCCAGAUUGGAGAAAGAUAGGAACUAUAACUACUUCUGGGUUCGUUGUGCGAAACUCAUUUGCGUCACACUUUUUGCAGUUCAUUGUGCUGGAUGCUUCUAUUAUCUUCUUGCUGCACGUUAUCAUGACCCCAAGAGGACAUGGAUUGGAGCAACAAUGGGUAACUUCCUUGAAGAAAGCUUGUGGAUCCGGUAUGUGACAUCUAUGUAUUGGUCUAUUACUACUCUCACGACAGUCGGGUAUGGGGAUUUGCAUCCAGUGAAUACAAGGGAGAUGAUUUUUGACAUCUUCUAUAUGCUCUUCAACCUUGGUUUGACGGCAUACUUGAUUGGAAAUAUGACCAACCUGGUUGUCCAUGGAACCAGUCGAACUAGAAAGUUUAGGGAUACUAUUCAAGCUGCCUCCAGUUUUGCCCAGAGGAACCAACUACCUGAUCGGUUACAGGAUCAAAUGCUUGCACACUUGUGUCUGAAGUUUAGAACAGAUUCAGAGGGACUCCAGCAACAGGAGACUCUUGAUUCCCUUCCUAAAGCCAUUCGUUCAAGCAUUUCACAUUAUCUAUUCUACUCUCUUGUUGAUAAGGUGUACUUGUUUCGUGGCGUUUCAAAUGACUUGCUUUUUCAGCUGGUAUCAGAGAUGAAAGCAGAGUAUUUUCCUCCCAAAGAAGAUGUAAUUUUACAGAAUGAAGCACCUACAGACUUCUACAUACUUGUAACUGGUGCUGUGGAAUUACUAGUUCUCAAGAAUGGAGCUGAACAGGUUGUAGGAGAGGCGAAGACUGGUGAUCUAUGUGGUGAGAUUGGGGUACUUUGUUACAGGCCACAGCUCUUCACAGUCCGGACUAAAAGGUUGAGUCAGCUUCUACGUCUGAACCGCACCAAAUUCUUGAACAUUGUCCAAGCCAAUGUUGGAGAUGGGACAAUCAUAAUGAAUAAUCUCCUCCAGCAUUUGAAAGACCUCAAGGACCCCAUAAUGGAGGGAGUUUUGUUGGAGACAGAGAACAUGUUAGCUCGUGGUAGAAUGGACCUACCUCUCAGUCUGUGCUUUGCAGCUCUUAGGGGAGAUGACUUGUUGUUGCAUCAGUUGUUGAAACGUGGCCUAGAUCCAAAUGAAUCAGACAACAAUGGGAGGACAGCUCUGCAUAUAGCAGCAUCUAAAGGAAGUGAGAACUGUGUGCUUCUUCUUCUGGACUAUGGGGCCAAUCCUAAUAGUAGAGAUUCGGAUGGGAAUGUACCACUUUGGGAGGCAAUACUAGGUGGUCAUGAUCCAGUAGUUAAGCUGAUGAUGGAUAAUGGAGGAGAUUUAAACUCCGGAGAUGUGGGUCAGUUUGCAUGCACUGCAGCUGAGCAAAACAACUUGAAUUUGCUAAAGGAAAUUGUUCGCUAUGGAGGCGAUGUCACAUGUCCUAGAAGCAAUGGAUAUACUGCUCUCCAUGUUGCGGUUUGUGAAGACAACAAAGAAAUAGUCAAAUAUCUUUUGAAUCUAGGGGCCAACAUUGACAAACCAGACGUCCAUGGUUGGACACCAAGGGAUCUUGCUGACCAACAAGGCCAUGAAGAAAUUAAGAUUCUUUUCGAAUCUUGUCAAGAGCAGAAAACUCAAUCUAUCAUCCCAAUUCCUGAGAAGACUGAGAAGGUUCGCUAUCUUGGAAGGUUUACAAGCGAGCCAAAUAUCCGACCCAUGUCUCGGGAAAGCUCAUUCCAAGGUGGAGAAGGAUCAACAAAUAGUCGAAGCCGUCCAAGGCGUAGAACUAAUAACUUCCACAACUCGCUAUUUGGCAUGAUGUCAUCAGCACAUACAGGGGAGAAAGAUUUACUAUUCUCAGUUAGCAUGACAAGAAAUUCCAAGAACCAUGGAAGUAAUCCUGCUAGAGUCACAGUGAGCUGCCCUGAAAAGGGUGAAGUUGCUGGGAAGCUGGUUCUACUUCCAGAGAGCUAUAAGGAACUACUUGACAUUGGAAAAAAGAAAUUUGGAAUCUUUCCCAGUAAAGUCCUAUCCAAAGAUGGACCUGAAAUUGAUGAGAUCGAGGUAAUUAGAGAUGGUGAUCAUCUUAUUUUUGUUAGUGAAAAUGUAAGAGAAGAAUCUGAUAAUACCCAAAACUCCAAUUCCAAUUCCAAUGCCAAAGGGGAUUUGUAGUAUACAUUGGAUAUGGAUUUGGGGAUUAGAUGUAUGCUUUUGCACUAGAGGUUUAGCACAAUAUUCUGUCUAACUGUAAAUUAUUUGGCUUAGCUGCUGGUAAAGUGCUCCGAAGCUAACCCUUUUAUUUUC